AUGGCAUACGUUGGACACUGCAACUGCAAUAGCGUUCGAAUCACGCUCCAAGAACAACCCGCGGGCUCGGUUAUCUGCCACUGGUUCGUAUCCGCAGCUCCGAGAACAGCAUUUGUCAUCGCGUUCAAUACUGACAUUAUAUUCCAAUAUAGCGAAAACUGCAGAAGAGCUGGUGGUGCGUUCUCUGUGAACUAUUUUGUCGCCGAGGAUGAAAUCACCGUCGAGGAUUCUAAUAAUGCCAUGGGCGUUUACGAUGACCAAAACACUGCCGCAGGACAUGUUAUCCAGCGAUACUUCUGCUCUAAGUGUGGAAGCCCCACCUACACCAAGACCCCCAAGGCCCCUGGCAAGUUGUUCCUGAAGGCUUCCUUGUUUGACACUAUCGCUCCGGCUGUAAAGGAGGUUUUCGAGCACAGGCGAUUGCUUUUGUUCCAGGCAGAGUCGUCGGACAAGCCCAAGAGUGAUUAA